AUGGCCGACGUGCUCGGAAGUAUCCGAAUCCAGGAGAGCGCAGGGGCCUGGGCAGAAGAGCUUCAUCGCGCCCUGUCGGACCAAGAGGAAUCUAUCAAUGAUCGAAUAUACACCAGGCCACUCAUGCGCUUAAAACGAUGCUACGUUUCGGAGCUUCCCAACGAGAUCCUGGUCAAGAUCUUCCACGAGGUCGCGUCCGAGAGCUCUAGACACUUCCUUGGCAUUGUCAAGACGAACAAACACUUCCACGACAUCGCCAUCCCUCUGCUUUACAGUCGCCUUGAGCUGCUGCCUGGUCGUCCCCGGGAGGACAUGCAGUCACUCGGCCUAUCAUUUCGACGGCACCCAGAGCGGCGGGGGUACGCAAGGGAGGCAAAACUCCGUGGGAGCCCCGACAAUUUCAGGUUCCUAAGCCAGUUCCCCAUUCUUUUCAACCAGGAUGCGUUUCCAAACAUCAAACGGCUUCAUGGGGUCUCGACGGGGACGUCGACGUUCGAGGAGCUGAUAUUCGAGGAGUCUGAGGUCGAGGUUGAGCCGGGGGGUAUAGACACCUUGAUGAGCGCGUGCAAGGUUGUAAGAAAGCUCGUCUUGCACUGGGGCUGUGGUGCCUCGGAAAUGCAGUUCUCUGGUGGAUAUCUGGGCAAGGCCAUGGGAUCAGCCAUUGCCCGCCACGCGGCUACCUUGGAGAUCCUCGAAGUCAAACCCAACGAGGCUCAGAUAAGCACCUACCUCCAUAACGAACAUGGCGGCUUGAAGGACCAGCUUCCUUCUUUCUUGGUGCUCAGGGACCUGACAAUCCACAUGGCUUGCUUCUAUGGCGGAAGGCAACCACCAAGCACCACGAAUGAAGGCCCGCCGGCUUCAAACGGACUUGUUGACUUCUUACCUCGGAGUGUUGAGCGCUUGGCAUUGGUAGGAGGGCCAGAACAUCCCAAGGGCCUCCCAUCAGCAACUAUUGAGCCGUGGCCAAGCCUGAGGCUGGAAAUAAUCGCACUCCUGCGCCAUUCUGGUCACGACAGCAAGUUCUCGAGUCUUAAACUGAUCCAGCUCCCGAAAUGGGUCAACGACUCGACUCAAGGACCUGAUGCGGAAACCUUGCGGCAGUUGAAGGAUUUGGCUGCAAAUCUCAGUGUUGCUGUUGUAUUUCAAGGCGAGUCUCGAAAGAUUUCAAGCUCCCGCACUUGUUUCCCCAUCGCAAGGUCUAACGCAAGCUCCUGA